AUGCGGCAGUCUCUGUUUCAUGGAACCACGCUGUGCAAGUUCUUCGAGAAGGGCAAGUGCUCCCGAGGCAAUAAUUGCAACUUUGCGCAUGGGCGCAGACGACUUCGUGACAAGCCGAAUCUUGCUAAGACAAAGUGGUGUGCUGCCUUCCUGGAAAGUGGCUCCUGCUUUCUGGGCGAGGAAUGUCCGUAUGCUCACGACACGGAUGAGAAGCGUAAGUAUCGCGGCAAGCAUGUGGUCUCGGUAGACCAGGCGGCUGAGCCGUACAUCUCGGAUACCUCUGAUGUUCUGGCAGAGUCAAUCCCAACGGAACAGCCCCACUCAUCGGUUGCUGCCGGCAGCAGCCUCACAGAUGCCUCGGCAUCGACUCGCCACAUGCCCGAUUUCGAGGAGUCGGCUGAGUCAGAUGCAUACGGAGAAGUGGCUCCUCCGAGCCGACGAAGUGUGUCUGAUGAAGAGGCCUCUCAAGUUUCUGACGUACCUUAUGGUGGCCCAGUUCUUGAUGUCUCCGUCAGAAAUACUUUCCUUCACUUUCAGGAGCAGUCUGAGAGCAGUGGCCUACGUCGAUCUGCUUCCUGGACCGAAGGGGUCUCAGGGACAGGAGCUCAACAGUGGAGCUCUCGAAGCGGGUCCGAUCAAGAAGCCGCGCUACAGCUCUCAUCUUUGGAGGUUCGAUCCUUUGCAGGAUAG